AUGGCAUUAGCAUCACAUAUUCUUACUCAUUCUCUCUUUCUUCUCAUCUCACUGAUCCGACCACAAGUUCCUCCAUUAGAGCAGCUCAAAUUCCUAAAUCAUGGCCACUUCGGAGACUCCAAAGUGGAGUACAACGCAAGUUACAGAGACAUAGGUGUCAUCCGUAAUCACUUCCGUCUAUGUUUCUUUACCACGCCAAAUGCUACACUCGCCAUAGGUAUGGGAACAGGAAGUCCCGACUCCAUCAUCCGUUGGGUUUGGCAAGCUAACCCACAACAUCCAGUCCACGAAGAGGCUUCUCUUUCCUUCGGACCAGAGGGGAAUCUUGUUCUGUCUCAGCCAGAUGGUAGAGUCAUCUGGUAGACAAACAAAAAAGGCGUUAUUGUCUUAAUCAUGAACGAGAACGGUAAUCUUGUGUUGUUUGAUGAUGGGGGAUGGCCUGUGUGGCAGAGUUUUGAUUUUCUGACCGAUACGCUCUUGGUUGGCCAGUCACUUGAUCGCUUGAACAAGCUUGUAAGCCGCGACAAUGGGUCAUAUACUCUUACCUUGGAACCUAACCGGCUCGUUCUAAGUCAUUUAAUCCCUAGGAGUAGUAACAACAGAACCGUUGUUUAUUACGUUAUAGAAGGUCGGUUUAUUCCAAGCACGACAUUCUACGCGGUUAAAGCAGGAACAGCGACUCAGUUGGGCCUAGCCACUCCUGGUCUUAGGCCCAAGUUUCUCGCUCGGGCUAGGUGUAAUGCCUCGCAAAGUUUCCUCAGACUUGACGCUGAUGGAAACCUUAGGAUCUACUACACUUUUGACUUCAAGGUUAGUUUUCUUGCGUGGGAAGUAGAGAUGUCAAAUGGGCGGGCUAUAAAUGGCAACGAGUGUUGGUUACCGUCAAAAUGCGGAGAGUUUGGGCUUUGUGAGCAUAAUCAGUGUAUGGCUUCUCCAUCGGGUAUGGGCAUAUUGGGAUGGAGUAAAGCUUUUAAGUUCAAGAACAGUGUUGAUCCAGAGACGUUUCAUUAUUAUAGACUUGGAGGUGUUGAUCAUUUCAUGACCAAGUAUGACGUUGGUCUUGCUGUUGGAGAGCGCAAGUGUCGUGGUUUAUGUAGUGUGGACUGUAGAUGUUUGGGGUAUUUUUACGAUAAGAGUAGGUUUAACUGCUGGAUUAGCUAUGAGCUUGGGACUUUGGUUAAAGUGUCUGACUCUAAGAAAGUGGCUUAUAUCAAAACCCGUAAUGUUUGA